AUGAAAAUCUGUGAGGUGACCUUAGACGCAAGGGCAUCCCGGAAAAAAAAAUCGUCAACCUCAUCGAAGCACAGUUCAGCAUUCACAUAUAGAGUCCUGCAUAAUGAAGCCUUGCCUGAACCUAUCCGGGUCGUUGCGGGAGUGAGGCAAGGAUGUAUACUAUCACUGCUACUGUUCCUCAUCGUUAUCGACGAGAUCCUGGUUAAUGCGAUUGAUCGUGUACCGAACCGUGGGUUGCUUCGGCAACCUAUCACAAUGGAGCAUCUCAACGACUUUGACCUGGCUGAUGACAUUGCUCUACUAGCACAACGGCGCACUGAUAUGCAGAGUAAGCUCAAUGACCUAACCGAAUGCUCUUCUGCGGCGGGUCUCAUCAUCAAUGUUAACAAGACCAAAUCACUAGAUGUCAACACGGCAAAUCCUCCCAACCUUAUGGUAGCUGGGCAGAAAGUGGAGAAAGUCGAAGGUUUUCAAUAUCUUGGUAACCAAAUAGCGUCAGGCAGUGGCACCAAGAUUGACAUAGGUGCAUGA